AUGCAACACAACAGAAUAUCGUUGAAUGACUUAAAAAUUAUUCUUAGAGCGUCAAAAGACAUCACCUUCUUAGAUAUAUCAGGAAAUCCAAUUGGACCUAAUUUAACUUCAGACACCUUUGCUGGAUUUCACAAGAUGGUUCAUUUAAAUAUGGAAGGAUGUGGUCUUCGGCAUAUUGAGAGUAGAAGCUUCCGAGCGAUGAACAAAUUGAAAGAAAUUAACCUUGACUCUAACAAGCUGUCGCGUAUAGAUCCAGGUACAUUUGAAGGUCUAUCUGAAGAUCUCCUGAAACUGUGUCUUCAAAAUAAUGGUCUUACAACAAUAGCUGAUGGAACAUUUCGCCGUUUUCGUAAUCUCAGUCAAUUGCGAUUGGAGGAUAACAAACUGACAACUGUCCCAGAUUUGACUGGUGUUACUGUGAUGAGUUAUCUGUAA